UGCCCACAAUCACGGUCGCCUCAACGUCGGCCGCGCCGCGCUUCAUUUUAUAACACUUAAAUUUAUUAACAAAACUCGGUCGUGGAAAACCGUAACGUAGUCGUCUGGUUAUUGCGGCGUAUCUCUACAACUUUACCGUCUCCGUCGGCCCGCGGGCCGCGAACGCGUCCAAGUGGGAUGGAAAAUUCGAAAAUUAGGUGCGAUUAAGAAAAUAGUGUUGCGCGUCGCAAUUCGAAGCGGCGCGCUCAGUGCGGCGGGAGUCGCGCCGGCGACGUGCGCAGUGAGGACGCUCCGGCACCUCCGACAUGAUGACCAUGGACGUGGGCAUGUAUGGUGAGCAGCAGGGCUGCGGCGAGUACUACCCGCCGCCCUGCCAGUACGACUGCCACGAAGGCUACUAUGACCAGCAGCAGUACUAUGAGCCCGCGCUGACGGCGCCGCUCGACACGCCGCCCGUCAUCAGCACCGACGCCGGGCUCUGCUACACCAACCUGGACUAUGGCGAGCUGCAGCACGCGUAUCCCGCACCGACGCACGCUCCGCACGUGCCUCACACUCCCCACACACCACACGCAGCCCACACGCCACACAUGCCCCUUGCGCACCGGGAGGAGCAUAAGUUGGAUGGACACUACCUAGAAAGCAAGUACAACAUGCACUUCGUGGAUGAGAGUGUGCAGUACAGUGCACACGCCGGGUCGCCUCUUCCUUGCGGGGACUUCGACCCCUACCAGCCCAAGGAGGAGUUCCUCGGACUGCGCGAGGGCUUUCCGCGCGACGCUGACCUGCACGCGCUGGCGCCGCACACGCACGUGCAACAUGCCCAGCACGCGCAGCACGCACAGCAUGCCGCGCACGCCGUGCCCACUUACAAGUGGAUGCAGGUCAAGAGGAAUGUACCGAAACCAACAGUUCCAAAACUGAUGAUACCACCGACCGAGUUCACGAGCCAAGGUGUGAUGGGCAGUCCGCAGGACGGCAUGCGGACCCCCACGGGAGGCCAGAUGCUUGCCAACCCCUUGCUCAACCUGAACAACACCGGCCGCACCAAUUUCACCAAUAAACAACUCACGGAGCUCGAAAAAGAGUUCCACUUCAACAAGUACCUCACGAGAGCGAGGAGGAUAGAGAUAGCCUCCGCGCUGCAGCUAAACGAGACGCAAGUUAAGAUAUGGUUCCAGAACAGACGGAUGAAACAGAAGAAGAGGAUCAAAGAGGGGCUUAUCGUGGCCCCUGAGGCGAGCCCCGCGACCUCGCAGCCCCCAGUGCAUAACACCCUCGGCUCCAGUGAAAACAGUCGGGAAUCCAGUUAAAGUUAAUUUAAAUGUAGUCGUAAAUUAUUUAAAGACUAUUGACAUAAAAGUUUAUACAAAUAGUGUAUUUCCUUCUUUCACUUCUUUUCGAAGUGAAGUUAAAUACUGUACGAGCAAGGAAUAUAAACAAAAA